AUGGAUAGUCCAUUUUAUCAAGAUUUGUGUUCAAAUCACUUCAAUAACACUGAAGCUAUGGAACAAGAAGCGAAACAAGAAAAGAAGAAGAAGACGAAGACGAAGUGUCGUGGAAAUCGAAAAUUACAACGCUAUCGUCGAAGAUUGCGUAAACAAUGUGUACAAUUAUCUAUCAAUGAAGAACUAUCAACAGCUAGUGCAAUCACGAAACCAAAAGAGUCAACAAGUAUUGGUUUAAUUGUCGAUGAAACAACCGUAUCAAUGAAAAAAUGCACAACAGUAACAGCUACAAAUGAUUCAGUUGAUUAUACUACUGUAUCAGAUGAAGUCUUACAACAGAAAACAUCUCAAGCUUUCAAUCGAUCCGAAAAAUUUAAUAACAUAUUUAACCAAGUCGAAAGAAUACACUUUAUUCGUCAAUAUAUUAGUUUAAUUGAUCAAUUAUCUUUUCACCAACUACAAGAAAUUCAAUGGAAAGAUUAUCAGCAUAUUGGUACAACAAGGAACAUGUGGCAUGGUCGUAUGUCAAAAGUAACAGCUGAUAAGUAUUCUAUUAGUUAUACAUAUGGUAGAUCCAAAUCUCUUGUUGAACAACGUUUGAAACAAAUUCAAAAACAUUUGGCAGCAGCAAAAAAUAAUAUUGUUCAGUUUGAACAAGAUAUUUUAUUGAAGUGUGGAAACAGUAAUGAUUGCAUAUGUACAAUGCAGGGGUUAUCGUCGAUUCUUAAUCAACUAGCACAAGAAAAGCAGCAACUACUAAGACAUGAAUUCGAAUAUAAAAGAGAUAUUUUAAUCUUGGAUGCAAAUGAUCAUCAUUUACUGCAGGCGUUUUUGAUUACUGAACCAAAUAAGACACAUAUUAUCUUAGCAAGACGUAUAUGGGAAGCUAUCAAAGAACAGCUAAUAGCUGAAGAAGGUAUUGCUUUGCUACAAUAUCGGUCUCUAUCAACAUCAUUACAAACAAAACCAAUAUCUAACUUAGUUCACGAAAUGAUCAACAAUAUCGAUACUAAUAUUAAUAAUUUGAAUGAAACUGUGGCAAUGUCGUCAUCCAAAGACUCCUUAACCCAUUCACCACGAUGGGGUCCACCGGUGGACCCCACUUUGCAUUUCAUAUUCUAA